CUUCGGUGGUUUCUGAACUCGAUAGAGUGAUAGACUGGUUUUGCGGACUGUUCUGCUGCGUCUACCACCGCUUGAUAGACUUUUCAACUUUCUGCUCUUUCGCUUGCCGUUUCCAGCCCGGAGCCGGGACGCCAACAUCCACCACCGCAUCUAAUAGAGCCGUGUAAUCCGGAUCCCAGGGCGACAUCUGACUGUGGCCCAACAUGUCCGACAAAGACGCCGCGACGCCGCGACUGUUUCUCAUACGCCACGGUGAAACCGAAUGGUCUCGUAAUGGACGCUUUACAGGCAUCACCGACCUCCCCCUUCUGCCCGACGGCGAAGAGAAGGUCCGCCAAACGGCCUCCGUCGUGUUCGGCCCCGGACGCUUAAUAGACCCAAGCAAAGUGGCGUCCAUUGUCUGCAGCCCGAGGCAACGUGCACAACGGACGCUCCAACUCCUCAUGGACCAGAUCCAAGACCCCCGCGCACGCACCGCGCUCGCCGGGAAGAUUGACGCGACGGAAGACAUCGCGGAAUGGGGCUACGGCGACUACGAAGGCCUUCACCAGCACCAGAUCGAAUACCUCCGCAGGUCGAGGGGCUUGGACAAAGACCGACCCUGGGACAUCUGGCGGGACGGCUGCGAGGGACCUGGAGGCCACACUCCCGCCCAGGUGACGGAGCGACUCGACCGGGUUAUUGGGCAGAUAACGUCGAUCCACCGGCAAGGGUUGCAGGAUGGCAAUCGGAAAUGCGAUGCUGUGGUUGUGGCGCACGGCCAUAUCCUGCGAGCUUUUGUGAAACGGUGGCUGAAGCUGGAACUGGGCACCCCGAUGGAGCUGAUGCUUGAGCCUGGUGGCGUUUGCGGGUUGAGUUAUGCUCACGGCGACGUCGAGGCCAGGGCAGUGCUUGUGGGCAUGAGUUUCCCGGGCUCUGCAUGAUCCAACUCUGCGUCUUUUGGGCUUUGCCCAUCCCCGUCCAUGCUGCGCUCUUUCUCUGCCCCUUCGGCCUUUGGGUUAACAACCCUUGCCCCAGAGUGGCAGGUUCACAGACUCGCCGGUCUGAGGGAUUCUCUUCUGGUGCUACGGGAUCCUUCGCCUGUUCGCCUCUCUCCUAGACUCUUUGCCUAAUUAGAAAUAGAUAUGUCAAAUAGACUCAAAUGCUACCUCGG